AUGCUCAUUGAUUCCACAAUUACUUCAAUGGCUGAACAAAAUCUCGCUAACUAUGUUCUAGACGGAGGACUCCUUCCCAUGAAUAAUAAUGUGUCCUUUAUCGCUCAAGAUUCUCUUGCAGUGACUGCAGUCAUCGUUGACGAGAAUGAUACGGCGUACUGUGUACUUGGAGUGGUCGCUGAAGGAUAUAAAGGUCACACAAUAUGGAUCGAAGAGACACCCAGUGAGAAGAAAGAAUUGUGUGUGUAUAAGAUUAUUCGUAGUGUUCCAUACAUUAUGGACUACAAGGCGCCAACACUGUUCGAGACAGUUUUCGCUGAUCACAAGGGCAGCAUAGCUCAUCAGGAAGUCGUAGCAGAGUGGCGUGAUGUAGCUGGAUUUAUCGUGUCCGACAAGCACAGACUUGAAGAGGUUCUUGUUCACCGAUCGAAUCUGCUCUCACUGAGUGAUCCGACCAGUACAAUAGUAAUUGUAAACAUUACGAAGGGGAACCUAGUAUCUGUUCUUGACUACGAUGCAGAUCUGUCAAUUUACGAUCGUUCCGAGCAUGUGACAGCGUUAAUUCAAACUCCUGGGAUCACUGGUAUGCUGGCACUGGACGAGGGACGGCCAUGUGGAUACGCUCUGCUUUGCAAAAACCGUGUUCUUCUUUUAUACGCCAAUAACGAAGAAAUAUUCAAGCAGUUGCUGUCAGGAAUAGCAAAGGAUAUCGUCAGCGAUCAGUGUAAAAUGUUCAUUAGACUAGGCGCCCAUAAUGUUACCGAACAGAUUAUCGAGGUAACAGUGUCAUCCAUUAAAAAAUAA